AGGCGACACAGGUGAACGAUGGAUUACUUCAGACGGUGUGACUCAACGUCUUCAAGGCUUUGAGAGUUUUCUCUGUUUUUUUGAGCUGCGGACACAAUUCAAACAUUGUUCACUUUACUCGGGAGACAAAAGCCAUCGUGUCCUUGGCAGACUGACAUCUGUUGGAAGUGAAUACGUUGGAUUCUCCUUCGGUUUUGAGUGUUUCCUCACACACGACUCUCCUUAGAUCCUGAAGAAAGAUGGUUGAUCCUACCACUUGCGUGGCUUUCUCCACGGUUGAGUCCGGCCUGAGACACACGGUGCAGGCUCUUCUGAAGGAGAUGAGCGGCCAACGUGUUUGGGAAAAAGGAUUGAUGCGAUGGAGUCUCCAGAAGAGGCUGGAAGCCAAUCCCGCCUGCAGCGUGUCGUUGGUCCGAGUGCUCGUCCGAGAGCUGGGCAAGCUGCUGCAGGCCGACGACGCUCGAUCCUACACACACACCAUCCCAGUGCUGCACACACUCUACUAUGUGGUGAUGCAGUCAGGUGUCAUGAUUCCGACCAGCGUUUACCAGGCGGUGUUUGAGUGCGUGAUGAAACUGCUGACAUUACCGUCUCCGUACUCCGCCGUGGCGCUGAGCACCGUGAGGAGCAUCAAGAUGGAGAUGACCACGCCGGGCUCCUUGUAUCACCGUCGAGUCACCGCAGAGCAGAACCUCACCUUGCAGGAAAAGGUGUUUGUGCUCGCCGACCCCGCUGUGUUUUCUGCUCCGCUGGAAGCGGCGGUGAGGACCCACCUGGAGGCGUCCGUCUUUCUCCGGGACGCGUCGACCAUGGAGAAGAACGUGGUGCGGCAUGUGCUGCAGGCGGCUCUGGGGCCGAGCUGCCGGAGCGCCGUGCUGACUCGGGCCCUGGAGGCGUUGGGGGAACAUGCGGUGGAGAAGUAUUUCCAGGAAGUGUCUCUAGCCGUGGAGGAGAGUCUGAAGCACGGAGCAGCUGGUCGUGCAAACUAUCUGAACAGACUGCAACACAUUUACAGAGACAUCUCGGAUGCCUCUCAAGAAGAACAAACCAAGCUCCAUCGGGGUGUUGCGGUCAGCACUGCAAUGCCCUACCCGGAGAUCAACUUCCUCUUGUGGAGGGACAAAGAGGAUCUAUGGAGUCUGCUGGAAAACCUCGCCAAGUGCUGCGGCUCCGACUCAACGACUAUUGAGAAGGACCAAAGUGAUUCAGUUCAGUCCGAGGACAGCGGCGGGAGAGAGAGAAGAGAUCUGAACGAGGGUGACUUUGAUGACACGUCCACCGACCCGACGCCGACCUUCACGCGUAGAAACGGCUUUAAGACCACCAAGAGGGCGAACGCGCCGCCGCGCCCGACGAGCGGGAAGACGGACGCGUUUCCCGGAGGCUCGCCCGGGAGGCGUCACACGGCUCGGGUGGUGGUGCUGGGGGACGACCGUGUGCUGGGGACCCUGAGCAGGGCUUACCGCUCCAUUCGAGAGAGAGAGUCAGAGCAGCCGGUUUUGAGCGGGAAACUGAACCUCCGGUUGUACUACAUCCCGGUCACGUCGCCCUCGCGCAGUUCCCCCGAUAGCCCUUGUGAGAAUGAAGGCAGCCGAUUGGGUCUCGCCUCAUUCCUGGGGCGCGUGGACCCGUGGUACAACAGCAACAUCAACAGUCUGGGAGCAGCCAUCUCCAAACUGGCUGGGAAGUCUGUCCACAUGGAGCCGGUGGAGCCGGACGUCUUCCUCCUGGACACCCUGUGCUACUACCUCCGCUGUGGGACGCAGCCGGUGAACCUGCCGCUCUAUUCGGUGAAGAUGACCCGCUCCAGCUGUGAUGUGGUGGAGGAGGUGUUCGUGUCCCACCUGGAGGCCGCCAUCCCAGAGUUCAGACACCUGAAAGAGAAGUUCUCAAAGGAGCCCAGCGUACGCCGAAAGAAGCCGUCGGUGGAAGUCUUCCACUCGGUCAUGUCAGUCAAUUACACAGAGAUCUCCUUAAGCAAUCGAGAAGUGGUGAAGAGAGAAGCAGCCAUGGCGUUUGGCGUGGUGAUGACAUCACAGCCGGCAGCUUUAGCAUCAGGUGAGCAUCACCUCUCUGUGGAGUUUCACAGCGUGGACCCAGGAAACAACACCACGAUCCAAACCCGGAACAUCAGCAUCCGGGCCCUGCAGGAUCGAACGCUCUCCGUGUGUCUGGAUAAGGACUCCCGCAGCACGUACACCGGCGUGCACAGGGUAGAAAUAUCCCCGUGUUUGCACCCCGGAUGCGGCGUCGGGUCCCGGUCCACGCGAGAGCCGCUGUUUAGCAAGUAUCUAGACAGAGCCAUGCACCUGCCCAUCAACACCUUCACCGGUGAGCCGUCCGCCUCAUGGUGUGCAGACUCUACAUAACGUUAUCUACGUUUGCAUAUUUCUUAUGCAUCUUUCUUGUAUUCUAUUUAAUUAAAUUCCUUGUUAUCAUGGAUAUUUGCUAUAAUACUCGAACAAAACACACCUUUAAAGGUGCCCAAUACAAAAUCGUCGAGCCCAUUUGUUGACUCCACACAGCUCUCAACAUGGCGACGGCUAACAGUGUUGAAGGGGAACCGGAGGACUGGUGCUCCUCUUUAUACUUUAUUCUCUUUCGUUACUUUUCAGAUGAGGAUUUGACGAUGUUAAAAUACACGAUGCGUUUUUGAAAACACGAUGAACUAAACUACUGUUACGUGCAACUGUUCAACAUUUGAAGUGGGCUAUAUUUCACAUAUUGAAAAAAAAGAAAAACAUUAUCGUCACUGGCUGCUCGUUGCUGAGAGGAUAUGACCCGAUGUAAAGUUUAUGUGUCCCAAGAUAUGUAAAGUAAUAUCUGUGUGUAUAUAUAUAUAUAUACGCAUAUAUAUUUUUCAAUAUUGUUUUCAAAGAAUGUGUGAAAUAUUCAUAUUUUUAUUAAUUACAAAGUUUGAGAUUUAUGGUGAUAAAAAAAAAAAAAUAGAUGCAGCAGACUACAAGCCCAGAUCAGUUAUUAUAUAUCCAUGCAUUUGCUAAACUGCUCUAGAAGCAGAACAGUAUAUAUAUUUUUUUUAACAACUGGUCUUCAAACGCAACAUGUCGCUGCAUGCCCCAAUAGUAUUCAUGCCAUAUUUACAAGUGGAAAAUAAGUUGUCUUUCAUUAGUAAUUUUAGUAAAUACUCAAUCUGUAUAAUCAUAAUAUUUUCAAUACCAACCCUUUGAAUGGGGCCCUUUGAUAUACAUUUUGUUUUUCCUCUGUACGUUUACUAAAAUAAAGUAUCUUUCCACAUCA